UUAGGGGCCGCUCCCGGAAGGGCGGUGCUGGCGGGGGGGCAGGCAGGUGCUGGUGAUCGCCAUGGCCACAGCAACGGACCAGGUGGUUGGGUUCGGCUUGGUUGCCUUCAGCCUCCUUCUCUUUGUUUACUACACCCUCUGGAUCAUCGUGCUGCCCUUCAUCGACAGUGACCAUGGGAUCCACCAGUAUUUUUUGCCUAGGGAGUACGCAGUGAUCAUCCCCAUGGUGGCUGGGCUGCUGCUGCUGCUAUUUAUAGGUAUUUUUAUAACCGUUGUGGUGUGGAAGAGCAGGAAACCUGCCAAGAAAUUGGACUGAAGGCUCAGUGGAGAGAUGAGCGAAGGCGCCCACCCUGUGGCAUCGUAGCCAGGAAAAGCCUUUGCCUGCAGCACUGGGCAGCCGCCUCCGCCAGAGCGCUCAGCGCCGAGCUGGCUGCGCUCUCCCUCCUUCCGUUCUGCAGAGAUGAAGCCUUCUGUAGUUUACAACGUACUGACCAAAGGGAAGCAAAACUGACCUGUGGGGCUCAUCGAGAGAGGGACCAGAGCCCUGCUGUGAGGGACCUGUGCUCCUGCUGGGGCUGCCCAUACUGGCUGUGCUUCGACCCCUGCUGGCUGCGGGAGCUGUCGGGAUCCAGCAGCUGUAACCACCAGAGCACCAGUCAAGCCCUGGUCCCUGCCUGCUGCUCAGCCUGCAGGUGAUCCUUCCCCUCUGCUCAUGCUGUGUCCAGUGAUUUAUUCCUUCUCGGUUUUUUUUAAAUGUUUACAUACGGUUUGUA